GGGAAAAAUAGAUUAAUCCAUCGAAGCAAUGGAAAAUUUGAAUAGUCUAGAGCAAGUUACGUUGACCAGGGAAUACAUAAAGAAGCAUCGUUUGAAUGAACUAUUCGCCCACUUUCUGAAGCUUCUUCUAUAUCAUCUUCCGGAAGAUCCUCGAGGGUUCUUAUGUAAGGAAAUCACGAAAAUCCGUGAUGAAAAGACCCGCUCGUCUUUUUUCAAUGAGAAAGACCUUGAAACAAUGUUUGAGCUAAUAGACGUGACUCGACAAAAGUUUAUCACAGAACAGCAGCUGUGGAAUACUUGUCGUAAUUUGUCCAUGAAUGAAAACGAGGAUGCUGAUAGCGAACAGUCCAGCUCUACCCAGCAAACAUUGGAGCAAGCUAUUGCAAAUGCAGUCGACGAAAAUGGUCACGUAACGCUAGAAAAAUUCAAGGAAGUGGUUUCCAUGUCACUCCUCGUCACAAACGUGUCCGUUGAGUGAUUCAGAAAUUAAACUAUAGUGGUAUUUAUGUCAUCUUUUCGAAUUGUAAAUCUAUAGUCGAUCAUGUUAGAUAGAACUAUGAAGGAAACUUAGCAU